CAUAUUUACUCAUAUGCCAAAUCAUAACUCAUAAGCAUAAUAUUACCAAAACUAGACACAUCACUAUCUGUGUCAUUGUUGUGUUCAUCCCCACAUCACACACCACCACCACCAUUCUCCUUCACUACUGACACACACACACUGUCUUCACAGAUGGUGCAAAAAAAAAUUGAGAGAUAGAUUUCUCAAAAACCACAAGAAUAAUUCAAACACAUACAAUAACUAACAUGCAACUGAAAACACAGUUUUCAUUCCUUCUCAUCAUCAUACUCAUAUGCUAUACCAUUGGUUCAUUCUCUUCUUGUUUUGCUCAUAACGAUGAAACAUCUGCAUUGCUUUCCAUAAAACAAGGUCUCAUUGAUCCAUUCAACAGCCUCAAGGAUUGGAAACUGCACGGUGCAGUUCCAGUUCAUCACUGUAACUGGACUGGUGUAUGGUGCAACUCAAAUGGAUCCGUUCAAAAGCUUGAUCUCUCUCACAUGAAUCUCACUGGCACUGUUUCCAACGACGUAACAAAACUCAAGAGCCUCACUUCUCUCAACUUCUGCUGCAAUGGAUUCAACUCAUCACUCUUCAAAUCCGUAGUUAGCGUCACCACACUGAAGGUUCUUGACGUGAGUCAGAAUUUCUUCACCGGCGAGUUUCCAAUUCCAACGGUUUCUUCGCAGCUUGUGACUCUGAAUGCGUCAAGCAACAAUUUCUCAGGUUUGAUUCCAGAGGAGAUUGGAAAUCUUUCUUUGUUGGAAACACUUGAUCUUAGAGGAAGCUUCUUCGAAGGUUCCAUUCCUAAAUCGUUUGGUGAACUGCGAAAUUUGAAGUAUCUCGGACUCUCCGGGAACAAUCUCACCGGCGAAAUUCCGGCGGAGAUCGGAAAAUUGUCUUCCCUGGAGUUUAUGAUAAUCGGAUACAACGAAUUCGACGGUGGAGUUCCGUCGGAAUUCGGUAACCUCACGAAUCUGAAGUAUCUUGAUAUAGCAGAAGGGAAUCUUGGCGGUGAAAUUCCAAAAGAGUUGGGGAAACUCAAGUUUUUGGAGACGGUUUUCUUGUACAAGAACAGUUUUGGCGGGAAAAUUCCGCCGGAAAUCGGAAACAUGAGUUCGUUAAUGUUCUUGGAUCUUUCGGAUAACAUUUUAUCUGGAAAGAUUCCAGAUGAAAUUAGUCAGCUCAAGAAUCUUCAGCUACUGAAUCUGAUGCGAAACCGGUUAACCGGUCCGGUUCCGGCCGGCAUCGGAGAUUUGAAUCAUUUGCAGGUUCUUGAGCUUUGGAACAAUUCAUUGACAGGGACAUUGCCUAGAAACCUUGGAAAGAAUUCACCAUUGCAGUGGUUAGAUGUAUCAUCCAACUCAUUCUCUGGUGAGAUUCCAGAGAAUCUUUGCACCAUGGGGAAUCUUACCAAGCUUAUACUCUUUAAUAACGGUUUCUUUGGUCCAAUUCCAGCAAGUUUAUCCUCGUGUUCUUCCCUCGUUCGCGUUCGGAUUCACAACAAUUUUCUUUCAGGGACGAUUCCUAUUGGUUUUGGCAAGCUUAAGAAGAUUCAGAGAUUGGAACUGGCUAACAAUACUCUCACCGGUGGAAUUCCGGAUGACAUUGCUUCUUCAACGUCGCUUUCUUUCAUUGAUUUCUCAAGAAACAAGCUCUGUUAUUCGCUUCCUUCGAUGAUUUUCUCCAUUACAAAUCUUCAGACCUUCAUUGUUUCCAACAACAACUUGGAAGGAAAAAUACCAGAUCAGUUGCAGGACUGUCCCUUGCUUGGUGUCCUUGAUCUCUCUUCCAAUUGCUUAUCUGGAAGAAUUCCGGGUAGCAUUGGUUCGUGUAAGAAAUUGGUGAGAUUAAACAUGCAGAACAACCAAUUGACUGGAGAAAUUCCGAAAGCAAUAGCGAGCAUGCCUACAUUGUCCAUUCUUGAUCUUGCUAACAAUUCUCUGACUGGUAAAAUACCUGAAAACUUUGGUAUGUCGCCGGCGUUGGAAACAUUCAAUGUUUCGUACAAUAAGCUAGAAGGCCCUGUCCCUGCAAAUGGUGUGCUAAGAGCGAUUAAUCCGAAUGAUCUCGCUGGCAAUGCCGGCCUCUGUGGUGGUGUUCUCCCUCCAUGUGCCAAAUCCUCUUCAUAUUCGUCAAGCCAUGGAAAUUCAUAUACAAAGCAUAUUGUUCUAGGAUGGAUCAUUGGAGUAUCAACAAUCUUUGCUGUUGCCAUUGCGAUUUUAGCUGCAAGAUCAUUAUACAUGAGAUGGUACACCAAUGGAUUGUGCUUCUUCCCAAAUGGAUUUUAUAAGGGUAACAAACGGUGGCCGUGGCGAUUGAUGGCAUUUCAGAGGGUUGAUUUUACAAGUACUGAUAUUCUGUCCUGCGUCAAGGAAACAAAUGUGAUUGGAAUGGGGGCAACCGGCGUUGUCUACAAGGCCGAGAUAGCACAAUCAAGUACCGUUGUUGCAGUCAAGAAAUUGUGGAGAUCAGGAUCUGAUAUUGAAGUGGGAAGCAGCGAUGAUCUUGUCGGCGAGGUGAAUCUUCUAGGGAGGCUAAGGCAUAGGAACAUUGUUAGGCUAUUAGGAUUUCUUUAUAAUGACACUGAUUUGAUGAUCAUUUAUGAGUUUAUGCACAAUGGAAACCUUGGGGAUGCCUUGCAUGGCAAGCAAGCUGGAAGAUUGCUUGUGGAUUGGGUUUCGAGGUAUAACAUUGCUCUGGGAGUCGCGCAGGGGCUCGCUUAUCUUCACCAUGAUUGUCAUCCGGCCGUUAUCCAUCGAGACAUCAAGUCGAGUAACAUACUGCUCGACAUGAAUCUCGAGGCAAGAAUAGCUGAUUUCGGGUUAGCCAAGAUGAUGAUGCAUAAGAAUGAAACUGUCUCCAUGAUUGCUGGAUCCUACGGAUACAUUGCCCCAGAAUAUGGAUACUCAUUGAAUGUGGAUGAAAAGAUAGAUAUCUACAGUUAUGGAGUAGUAUUACUGGAGCUUCUAACAGGAAAGAGGCCCUUGGAUCCAGAAUUUGGAGAAUCAAUAGAUAUAGUAGGGUGGAUUAGAAGGAAAAUAGAGAAUAAAUCCUUAGAAGAAGCAUUAGACCCUAGUGUAGGAAGCUCCAAGCAUGUUCAAGAAGAGAUGCUUUUGGUUCUCAGAAUAGCACUUCUUUGCACUGCAAAACUACCAAAAGAUCGACCCUCCAUGAGAGAUGUGAUAAUGAUGCUCGGAGAAGCAAGGCCAAGGAGGAAGAGUGCUAUGAGCAGUGAAACUUUUGAAGCUAACAAGGAAAUGCAAAAUAUUAGCACUUCACCAGUUAGUGGCCUUAUUUGAGGAACCAAAUUAGAUUAUCAAAUUCUCGUGUUAACUCGUAAAUUAUUAUUAGAAGUUUACAAGUUUAGGUCUCCACAAAGAGCUUAGAACUUUAGGAGUAAAUCCUCGUGAGUUUACGAGUUGAUUCCCUUACCAGCAGCAAAACCAGAUUCUUUUUUCUUUUUCUUUUUUUCUCAGUGUACUUAGAUCUAUAUAGUUUUGUUAGUUUCAUGUAAUCUAGUAAAUGAAUCUAUUGGUUAAGAUAUCUCGGGGUAUGUCAAAAUGAUUAAUUUUUUGCAGAUAAAACUUGUAAUUUCUCAUGUAUCCUGUUUCUGAUAAAGUGGCAUGUUAAUGUAAUUCUGCCAGAAAAACAGACAAAGCAACUGAGGAAUACAACUGAUAAAUUUUGUCUCA